CAGAGUGCCUGGGAGACGCCUGUGGCAAAACAGUAACUGUCAAAUGCAAGGUUCCUUUAAUAAGAGCGAUCAGUCCGGCUCCGAGAGUCAUGGCGACCACAGCGUCUAAUCAUUACAAUAUCCUCACCUCCAGCGCAUCCAUUGUGCACUCGGAGCCCGGGAGCAUGCAGCAAGCAUCGGCGUACAGGGACGCGCAGACCCUGUUGCAGAGUGACUACUCAUUGCAGAGCAACAGUCACCCGCUCAGCCACGCGCACCAGUGGAUAACGGCACUGUCGCACGGAGAGGGAGCUCCGUGGUCAACCAGUCCGCUCGGCGAGCAGGACAUCAAACCCGCGGUGCAGGGCACCAGAGACGAGAUGCACAGUUCCAAUAACCUGCAGCACCAGCACCAGCCGCGACCGCCCCACCUGGUGCACCAGUCACAUGGGAACCACCACGACGCCCGAGCGUGGAGAACUACCGCAGCCCACAUACCCAGCAUGGCAACAUCCAAUGGCCAGAGCCUUAUUUAUUCACAGCCCGGAUUCGGCGUCAACGGCCUGAUUCCAGGCAGCGGACAGGGAAUGCACCACCACAACCUAAGAGAUGCACACGAAGACCACCACAGCCCGCAUCUCAGCGACCACGGCCACCAGGCGUCCCAGCACCAGCAACAGAGUCACCACGACCAUUCGGACGAGGAUACACCGACCUCCGACGACUUGGAGCAGUUCGCCAAGCAGUUUAAGCAGCGGAGGAUCAAGCUGGGCUUCACUCAAGCUGACGUCGGACUCGCCUUGGGAACGCUGUAUGGAAAUGUGUUUUCCCAAACCACUAUUUGCAGGUUCGAGGCCCUGCAGCUCAGCUUCAAAAACAUGUGUAAACUCAAGCCUUUGUUGAACAAGUGGUUGGAAGAAGCGGAUUCCACCUCGGGCAGCCCAACCAGCUUGGACAAAAUCGCCGCACAAGGGAGGAAAAGGAAAAAACGGACCUCUAUCGAGGUAAGCGUAAAAGGGGCGUUGGAGACCCAUUUCUUGAAGUGUCCUAAACCCGCAGCGGCGGAAAUUACUUCCCUGGCGGACGGUCUACAGCUGGAGAAAGAGGUGGUGAGGGUUUGGUUUUGUAACAGGAGACAGAAAGAGAAACGGAUGACUCCUCCCGGUGGACCGCUUCCUGGAACCGAGGAUGUGUAUGGGGACACACCGCCACAUCAUGGAGUCCAAACACCGGUUCAAUGAACAAUAACGGACCACUAUUAGACUUUUCCUGAUUUUGUUUGUCUUGAAAAUUAUAUAUAAUUCACUGGACUAUGAGCGAUAGUGGGUGUUUUAUGUAUAAUAGCCUAGCCUAUGGCAUGAGUAGGCUACUUACACAAUAUCUGCAUUGAAUACCAUUCAAAACCCGAAUAUCAUUAGCGAUGGAGUGGAAAUUGUUUUCUUCAAGAGCUAAGCGAACACAUGUUCGAGGAUAUGCCUAGCACUGUGACUCAACGCAGUUUCAAGGUGUAGCCCUAUUGUGAAAAAUAUUUGUCGUAAAGGAAAUUAUCGUUAAAAACUAGCCUCGGGAUUCAUAGCUAAAAUGGUUUACAUUCUCGCCUUUUGUGGUGUAUUCAACACAACGGCGCUGCGUAAUCAUCAUGGUUUUGUUCUGGACGUGUGGGUCCGACAAGAAAAGUCAUGAGAGCUGCAUUCGACAAAACAUAGCCUAAACGCCAUUUCUCUGUCCCAGACAAGCAGCUGGGGGUUGAGCAUCGGCUGAGCAAUGUGUGAGGGUUGAUCAUCCGUCAGUCAUCUUUUUCCAGUUAGUUUUGACAUUCAACAUUACAUUGAGGCGUUUAGGCAAAUGAUUAUGUGGGAAAGCUUUAUUAUUUUAGCCUGUUACCUGUUAUAUCCCUAUUAUUAUUAUUAUUGUUGUUGUUGUUGUCAAGAGCAGUUCGAAGGAGCUCCUUGAAUAAUUGAUACCACAUAAAUCGUAUGGUUUUAAUAUUUCGUUUGGACGCACACAGGAGCACAUCAUCCUCCUCGUUCUCUCAAUGAUAUCAGCACGUGUGGAUCAAACACAAAAGGCUGCCAACACUGAGCUCCGCUCCACGCCACGCGGCCAGCAGCUAGCAGUCAGGUCACGGAAGGGCUACGUGGCGAUGGAAACCUGGCACUUUUCUAGAGCAAGAUAUAUCACCAAGUUUCACAGAACAUUGUGAUCAAUUUUGUAAAUAUUGUAUAACUAAACAGUCACGGCUUAGUUCCUUCUCACUGGGGCACUUUUUUUCUUUCGGUGUUUUCAAAACAAAAACAGGUUUUAGCUGUUUAUUUUUUUAUUCCAAAUGGUUUUGACACAAUUUUUAGGUUUCAAUAGCCUACCUUGUAUUUUUAUUUAAAGUUAUUUGUAGCUGAAAUUAUGCUUGUUGUUUGCAGUGUAAUGUGUUUGAGAAGCAUUUUAUGUUCAAUUCAGAGGGAUUUCAUUGAUGUGAGUUCAAUUGGAUUGGCAGAAUUGACUUCACAUGUUGUCCUGACAUUGGCUUUCAAUAAUGUCCACCUGACAUUAUAUUUUUGAAUCAAAUAUAUGCUUUAAGUAAUUAUGGUCUAAUUGAUUGGCAACUAAAUAAUUAAUCAGCCCACAGAUUGGCAAAAGAAGGCGAUAUGCUCGCUGAAAUAUAUUUUAUUUAAAAGAUGUAUAAUUCCUUUACAAAAGGAAAUAGAUAUUUAAGUGUUCUACAUUUUAUAUCAACUUUUAAAAACAACGUGGACCCUUUGUCAAAAACAAGUCACCUGACAUCACAUAUCAUGAAAAUAAUAAUAAGAAUAAUAUAUUAUUAUUAUUUUAUUAUUUAUCAUAGGGUGAGGAUUUUAUUUUAUCCUUGCCACCUUUCUUUUGUUUUGGUAUCAUUGCGAUAUGGGAAUAAUGAUCAAAUACGUUAAUUUUAUAAUUUUGUUAUUGAGAUUGUAAUUUAUUCUAUAAUUACUUUUAUAGAUGACAAAGUACAAUAGAUAUAUAAAUGGCAUCGAAAAGGCUUAUGGAAUAUAGGCUAGUCAGAAAGGGGGAGAGAUAGUAUUUUUUAUUUCAGGGGGAUUGCCAUAGCCUAUACCGUCAAUGCUACGUGUAUAUACAUGUUUUAUGAUAACCAUAUGGCUUGUUCUCCGUAGCUUUGUUUCAUUUUAUGCAAAUUAUAUCCAGGGACUUGUGUUCUUCUCAUUUACUUUUGUUUUUUUUUAAGAAAAAAGUUAAUGGUAUUGAUCGUAUUUCUUCUGUAGCUUGAAUUAAUCGACCAAUCAUACAAUUCUCUGAUAAUCAAACUGUGGGAUGUACAAAUUCGAUGUUUUGUUUUGGUUUUGUUUAUUGUUUUUUUUCCUCCCCGCGUUUGUCACAUUCACUUUUAAUUGAUGUGGAUAAACCUGGGGGUUAUACACGCAGAUGGUGAUGUGUAGGUAAUAUUUCAUCACUUGAUAUCACAUGAACAAAGACUUGCACAUUUUUAAAUAAUGGGGUUGAUAUUAAAAAGCUUUUUUUCAAUGUCGA